AUGGAGGCAAAUGAUUCAUUGAGGGAACAAGAAGAGGAAUAUGCCACAUUCAAAGAGAAGGUAAAGAGGACAGUGUAUCUGGACAAUCUUUCACCACUGGUCACAAUACCAAUCCUGAAGAAUGCACUUGGACAAUUUGGGGUGGUAUCAAAUGUCCAAAUCUUACCAAAUUACUUGGAGGCCAACAAUGUUGCCAUAAAUGCUUUGGUUGAAAUGCAAACUGAACAUGAGGCUGCAAACACAGUGACAGAAAUUACAACAAAUGUAUUCAUGAUCGCUGGAAUGCCAAGACCAGUGAGAGCAAUGAAAGCAAAAAUUGAAAUGUUUCCUGACCCUCCAGCACUCCCUGGAAGAAGAAUUCAGUGCUGUUGGAUCAAUUCCAAUGACCCCCAUUGGAAUAUUGUCUUAUCGCGGAAGCACCUUGCUAUGAAACAUUCUGCAGAAACUGCACAAUUAUUGAAGUAUCAAAGAGAAGAAGAAGAAAAGCUAGGAGCACAACAGGAAGCCACCCUGAGAAGUAGUUAUAAAAAAUUGGAAUUAAUUGAAAGCUUAGCCAAUGAUGGGAGUCUAGAUCGUUUAUCUAGACGUUAUAAUCCUCAACAUAAAAGAUAG